CAAUUUUCGGUUCCUCUCUCUCUACAAGUUUGCAAUCUACAUAGUGUUACGUCUCUGAAGCACAAAUUCCUUUUCAAGGAUUGCAAGGAGUUCGUAGACUACUGCGUCAAUCGAGGUGUGGAUAGAAAUCAGUUGUGCAUGGGAGACUCGGUUUCAGCAGAAGAAAUCAGCAAGGUGGCUUUCGAGCGGUGUCUUCAAAUUCUCACCGCUCCCAAUCAUAUUGAAUCACUCACCACGCGUUACAACACUCUGGUAGAUUUGAUAGAUUUUACCAACAGAGUGGCAGCAUUUUUGGCUUCAGCUCUCUUUUAUUUUGGUUUUGCACCCGAAAGGCUGACCCCUAUGGUACGACCACUUGUAGAAUGUAUGCAGAAUGAACAAAAUUCCACUGUAUCUGCGGAGAUUUUCCGAGGGGCGGUCACAUUGAUGAUCGCGUACAGUUGGCCAAGGACGCCGAGACCUUAUGUGAAGGUGUUGGGGCGUGCAAUGGAUAUGUUCUCCAGCUGUUCGUCUCGUAUACCUAAACCGCAAGAAUGGUCUUCGAAGGAGGUGCAGCAUGUAAUCCUCAGCAUACAGCGGCCGGAUUCCGAAAAAGCUUCGCCUUCCCCGCAGAGCACCAACGCGGAACUGAUGUUUUUGGUCUGCACUACUUUUUCGGUGGAUCAGCUUCCAGAGUUCUAUGAUCAGUUCGCAUUGGACAGUUGUGAAACGCAAGAGGAAUUAUUGUCGCGCCUGGCAUUGCAUGAUUGCAUGUGGUCAAGAGUGGGGUCAUCGUUAUCGGACGUAUCCACACCUCGGAUAAUAGAACUGCUGAAAAGCUCCAACCCAGCAUUCAGGUUUGCUGGUGCAAAGGCAGUGGAAACUUUCGCACGAUCCCGCCUUGGCGAUACGAUCUCUCGCCUACUGGCACCUCUAUCUGGAAUGCUUAAUAACGUCUCCGUAGAAAGUGAGAGACGUGGAGCUAUCGAGGCUCUGUUGAGGUUGUCGCUAAUGCAUACGGCUUUGACUGGUGUCGUCUCAUUGCUAGCACCAUUGGCAUUUGUGCGAAUGACUGACAAAUUGGAAGAGGACGUCAGUGCAGCGGUACCAGACCUGAGCGAAGAGCUUUCUGCAAAACGUGCAGAAAGUGCUGAUUUUGUUAAUGUUUUGUCAGCACCUGGACGUUUGGCUUUGGUAGAAACAAAGACAAUACGAGGUUUAUGCAAAACAAUUCAGCUGCGGCAUUAUCAAGCGCAACAAUUAAACACAGCACCCAUGCGUUUUUGUUCAAGUCAAAUCUAUUAUUCAAGGAAGGAAUCACAUGGAUACGGUUUCUGCGAAAGUUUGGAUUACAUGGCAUUUUGGCAGCGUAUAUGGGUCUGGAGAAGAAAACUGCUUCAAACGGAUUAUGGCGCUCUUGGAUUUCUCACUGAUGAAUGGGGUGGAAUGCCAAUCUUGAUAAGUCGCUGUUCGUUAAUUAUCUGUCCACGAACACUCGUGGACCAUUGGUGCAAUGAAUGGCGUCGUUUCUUCCCUGGUAGAACGCCAGCACGCCAUGUCGAAGGCGCACCAGCAAAAUGGAAAGCUGCUGAGAUUGUUGUCGCAGCGUAUGAAGAUCUUAAAGGAAACUCUUCUCUAGGGUAUUUGUUUCAAUAUUUCCCGGAGAACUAUCCUGCCGAUCUGUGGGCGCUCUUUACGUGGUUGAUGCCUGGAUAUCUGGGUGAUGAGCGACAUUUCCGUGCCCGAUUCCUCCGGAAAAUCCUCAAAUGUCGUAGUCACAAGGCUAAUGAAAAGGAUAUACAGGUUCUUCGAGAGUUGCCUGAUAAAAAUGUGCAAGAUUAUGAGUGUCAGCUCAGCGAGGAACAGCGAACAAUCUACAAAUUUAUUGUUGACAGGUGUACCGCCAAUCGUGCCCAGUUGGCUGCUCGACGAGGAAUUUCUCCACUCCAUGCCCUCAUGGCACUUCGACAACUUGUCGAUCAUCCUUUGCUCAUACAAGAUGUUCUUACGAAAUUGGGUGCUCCGGAAGAGAUAAUGAAGCUGGUCCCGACGGCGUCUUCGGGCAAAAUCGCGGCUUUAGGACAACUGUUGAGUGAAUGUGGUAUCGGUGUCAGUUUCGAAGAAGAGGACCCUGAAGACGAAAAUCCACUUUCGUCGAUUCCCGUGGAGUUACCACACCGAGCUCUAAUAUUCUGUCAAUGGAAGUCGUCUGUACAGCUGGUAUCAAAUGCUUUGUCGAGGCAAAGGCGACUUUGGCGCUCCUAUAUCACAUCUUGUUCUCGAUGGAUCGGUUCCCUCCAUCAGAUCGCCAAUCAGUUGUCGAUCGAUUCAACACGGAUCACCUCAUUGACGUCCUUGUUUGACUACUCAUUUAAGUGGUACGCAAUUGCGUAUUUUCGGCGCACAUGUUGGCAAAUAAUACCUCUCUUGUUGCGAGGCCCAAAGUCGAAUAUUGGUGGCGUUGGAUUGAAUCUCACGGGAGCCGAUGUGGCGCUGAUCGGGGCGGAUAAUCGUUCACUCCAAACGAUGGCCACAGACGAACUGAUGAACAUGUUCGUUCUCGACGGAGAUCAACCAUCAAAGGAGAACGGUGGUCCCGAAGCGAAAAGAAGGCGUAAAACUGCAGCUGCAUCAGACACCUCAAGUGUGAACGGAGAAGAGCGGUGGAAUUUGGCUGAGUUAUGGGACGAGAGUCAAUAUGAACAGCAAUUUGAUGUGUCUCAAUUCAUUAAGGAAGCUGUUUAG